AUGCCCGAGACAUUCGAUGUAGAGCAUGUUCUAGCGAACAUCAGCGAGCAAGACAAGAUCGCUCUUUUAUCCGGAAUCGAUUUCUGGCACACACAUCCCAUCCCCGAAUUCAACGUCCCCUCGAUUCGCGUCACCGACGGUCCCAAUGGUAUUCGGGGCACGAAAUUCUUUGCCGGCACACCUGCCGCAUGUUUGCCCUGCGGCACAGCGCUGGGCGCCACCUGGGACCGAGACCUAAUAUACCAAGCGGGAGAGCUGCUAGGAGACGAGUGCAUUGCGAAAGGGGCUCAUUGUUGGCUUGGUCCGACAAUCAACAUGCAGCGCUCUCCCCUCGGCGGGCGUGGGUUCGAAUCCUUUGCGGAAGAUCCGCAUCUUUCGGGCAUUUUGGCCAAAUCAAUCAUCCUCGGAUGCGAAAGCAAAGGUGUCAUUUCUACAGUAAAGCAUUUCGUGGGCAACGACCAGGAACAUGAACGCCGGGCGGUGGAUGUUCUCGUCACGCAGCGAGCCUUGCGCGAGAUCUACCUGCGGCCCUUCCAGAUUGUGGCGAGAGAUGCGAAGCCUGGUGCGCUCAUGACUUCGUAUAACAAGAUUAAUGGGAAGCAUGUGGUAGAAGAUCCGCGCAUGCUCAAUUUGAUCCGCGAGGAGUGGAAGUGGAAUCCGUUGGUGAUGAGUGACUGGUACGGAACGUACACAACUAUCGACUCUAUGAAUGCAGGGCUUGAUCUGGAAAUGCCGGGAGUAUCCAGAUAUCGCGGGAAGUUUAUCGAUUCUGCCGUGCAGGCUCGACUGAUCAAGCAAUCGACGAUUGAUGCACGGGCGCGGAAGGUGUUGGAGUUUGUGAAGCAAGCGAGUCAGAUUCAGGUGUCAGAAAAAGAGCGAGGACGGGACUUCCCAGAGGAUAGAGCGUUGAACCGCAAGAUCUGUGCAAACAGCAUUGUACUCCUCAAGAACGAAGGCAUCUUGCCUCUUCCAAGGGAGAUUAAGAAGAUUGCCCUAAUCGGAUCUCACAUGAAGACUCCUGCCAUAUCAGGUGGCGGCAGUGCGUCACUUGAGCCAUAUUAUUCUGUCUCGUUAUACGACGCCUGCAUGGAAGCGCUUCCUAGCGCGGAAGUGCUCUAUGAAGUGGGCGCAUACGCUCAUAGAAUGCUCCCUGUGAUAGACCGUCUCUUAACAAAGGCUGUCAUUUACUUCUACAACGAGCCGAUGGGCACAAAACGACAGUUAAUCAGCACUGAGCCUGUCUCAACGACAGCAUUUCAGUUCAUGGAUUACUAUGCUCCGGGCCUCAACCGAGGGCUGUUCUGGGCCACACUCGUUGGCGACUUCACGCCCGAUGUCUCAGGGCUAUGGGACUUUGGCCUCAGUGUCUUUGGUACCGCAAAUCUGUACAUUGAUGACGAGCUCGUGAUUGACAACACCACAAGCCAGACGCGUGGAACUUCGUUCUUUGGUAAAGGCACCGUUGAGGAGCUUGGAUCGAAGGAAUUAGUGGCUGGGACUACAUACAAAAUUCGGAUCGAGUUUGGGUCUGCCAACACGACCAUAACCAAAACUGUGGGAAUGGUGAAUUUCGGUGGAGGUGCCGCAAACCUGGGCGCUUGUCUACGGAUAAACCAGGAUGAGAUGAUCGAGAGUGCUGUAGAAGCUGCUACAAAGGCCGACUACACGAUUCUUUGCACCGGACUCAACAAAGACUGGGAAUCUGAAGGGUUCGAUCGCACGCACAUGGAUCUGCCAGCAGGUAUUGACCGGCUGAUCUCGAAGGUGUUAAAGGCCGCUGCAGACAAAACCGUCAUAGUCAAUCAGUCCGGUACACCCGUUACCAUGCCGUGGGCCGAUCAGGCGCGAUGCAUCGUGCAGGCCUGGUACGGAGGGAACGAGACUGGUCAUGGAAUUGCAGAUGUGCUCUUUGGGGAGGUCAAUCCAUGCGCAAAGCUGCCUUUGUCCUGGCCUGUGGAUGUGAAACACAAUCCAGCGUACCUGAACUACGCUAGUGUGGGUGGCCGAGUGCUCUACGGAGAGGAUGUUUAUGGGGGGUAUCGAUUUUACGAGAAGACCGGACGAGAAGUUCUCUUUCCAUUUGGUCACGGUCUAUCAUACACGACCUUCAAAGUUUCACCGACUGUUACCAUCACUCCGGAGAUCUUCAACAGGGAGUGUCCUUCGGUCGCCACCAUACAAAUCAAAAACACGGGCAAAAUGGCGGGUGCCGAGGUUCUCCAACUGUACAUCUCUGCCCCCGACUCCCCAACACCGCGCCCAAUCAAGGAAUUGCAUGGGUUUGAAAAGGCGUUCCUGCGGCCUGGGGAAGAAAAAGCGGUUGACAUCCAGUUGGACCGAUAUGCAACCAGCUUCUGGGACGAGAUCGAGGAGAUGUGGAAAAGCGAGCAAGGAACGUAUGAAGUGUUGAUUGGAACCUCCAGCCAGCAAGUGAUGGCCCGGGGCAAAUUCCAAGUCGAUCGCAGCACGUAUUGGCGGGGACUUUAG